UCUCAAUCUCUCGCUCUCUCACACACGGUUUCCUUCCUGCCUUCAAUGUUUUAAUUGGACAAUGGCUUUAACGAGUCUAUAAUAACAGGAAAAGAUCUUGCUCAGCCCUUCUCGUCACAUGCAUCCUGGAAUAUCCAGUCAGGUCUUUUUAAAGUAAAAGGUGGAUACCUUGCACGUUGAGUGGUCAAGCUCCGCAGCAAAACAAGCUCAAUAUUCUACCCGAAAAUGGAUAUGAAAAAAAUGCUACUUCUGCAACUGUGUGCCUUAUUCCAUGUCACAGUCGGUAGUCAGAUCGAAGAAGUAGCCAUUUCACCUCCUGGGAAAGAGGUAUUUGUGCUGGCAGGUUCAGCCUUCCAGUUCACCUGUGCUUGCGUGGGUAGUUGUAAAACACCACAGUUCAGGUGGACAAGAGCUAGUACUGACUCUGAUGGUACGCUAACCAAAAACGGCACUCUCAAAUUAUCCAACGUGACGCUUGAGGAUGAGGGCCCAUACACCUGCGAAGCAAAGUGCGAUGGCAGUUCAGAGAAAAAACGAACAACUGUCAAGAUGACUGUUUAUGCUUUUAGUCAACCUGUGUUGGUGAUGCCAAUUAUUUUGAUGGAAAAUGUGGCUUCUGAUGUAACAUGCAGUGUUGAUGCAUUUGACCACGUUGACCAUGUCCACAUAAACUGGUAUCUAGGAAGUGAGCUUCUUAAAAAUGAAAGCCAGCAGCCAUUGGAUGCAGCUAAGGUGACAGACACACUGACUCUUACUCCCCUGAGGGCCCAUACUGGGAAGAAACUGACCUGUGAAGUGAAAGCAGACAUGAACAACAACUCAAAACAGAGUUUUUCCUAUCUAGACAUACACUAUGCACCCAAGGUCAACAUCAGUGCUUCCUCGUCUGGGAUGGAAGAGGAGGAAGUGGUGAUGAGCUGCACAGGUGACGGUCACCCUGCCCCCACCAUUGAGUGGGAGAAAAAAGGGGAAAUCUGGCCCAAGAAUCUUCAUCGACACACACAAGGAAUCGUCACGGGCCGGCUUCACCGCAGCAACCAAGGGGUUUACCAGUGUGUGGCCAAGAAUAUGGUGUCCGAGGCAAAGGAAGAGAUGAAACUGGAGGUACAAUAUGGACCAGCAAACACAAGUAUCCAGGCCUUCUCACUGCAGGCCAUGUCCUAUGGGGUUCAGCUGAACCUUACCUGCUUGUCAGACAUGCAACCCAAAGCCAAGCAGUACGUCUGGACCAGGAUCCCAGGUAUGGCCCUACCCAAGGAGGCCGUGGUUACAAACAGCCAUUUAAUCAUAGAGAACUUCCAAGAGCACCACCAAGGCAUCUAUGAGUGUAGAGUGAUUCACCACAGUGGGAAUACAGAGAGAGCAUUCUUUACCGCCUCUGUACAAGCGGAGACCAAGUCUACUCAGUUGGUGGCUGCAGUGACUGGCAGUCUUGUCAGUGGAAUCACAGGAGGGAUCGUGGCAGGAUUCAUGUUAGCUAAAUGGCUCGAGUGAUGCUACCUUAGAUCAUCUCACUGUGUGGGAUCUAUUCCAGAGCCAUUCAGAUGGUCUCACCCAGAGUGCCUUACAGUCAAUUCAUACAGCGAAGGAGCUUAACAGCUAGUAAUGUACAGUGCCUUCAGAAAGUAUUCAUACCCCUUGACUUAUUCCACAUUUUGUUGUGUUACAG